ACCAGCCCUGAGUUCAAGCCCUAGAACCAGUGCACACACAAAAGAAGUAGGAAACAAUAGACAGCAUUAAUUAUAGUAUCUUAGUCUAGCAUACCCACAAUUUUAUUUCAAUAUGUUAUCUGUACAUAUAUAUGUAUAUUUAUAAAAAUAAAAUUUCACUUUCUUUUUCAUACUGUCUUUAAACUCCAGUGGGUAUUUUAUACUCAGAACAUAGUAUAGCUGGUGCUGGCUGCUUAAAAUAGCUCAGUAGGCACAAAAGAUUGUGCUGCUCAUUACAACUAGCAAUUUAUUAGCUUUACACAAACUAAGAAAACAAAAUAUAUUCUAACCUAAAAAUCUAAUAUUUUGUCUAUGUGUGUUGGAAGUGCUUUAGGUUUUUUGAAAAAUUCAGGUGAAGUUACUUUACAUUGACUUUCUGAAAACUGGCAAGAAUCUACUGGGAAUAUUGGUGAAGUAUUGUGUUGUCAUACUGUUGAAGUGUUGUAAAUCUUGUUUACUGUGCUGAGCAGGAUAUCUGACACAUUUAUGAAAAGUAUAUGGUCAUGCCAGUAUGAAGUAAAAAUAUUUAGUAUUUAGGAUGUACAAAACAUACGUACACCUGGCUGAUUUGGGGAGUUCACUGAUACUCAGAAAAUCUAUGUAAAUUAUUUCCCCUGUAUGAUUAGUUUACAUAAGACUAUUUCUCCAUAUUUGUAGAUGUUUUUAUUUCAGAAAAUGAGGAUGUAAUUGGUUCAAGAAAUCAUUAACUCAAUCCGUGUUUGUGUGAAGGCAGCUGUAGGGACCAUCAUGUGAUUGGGCAGGACUUGGUACCUAUCAGUGUAAACACAUGGCACAACCUAUUUCAUGCCUUUGCUUAUCUCCUCAGGAGAGAAGGGGUUGAGGCAUUUUGAGCAAAUCUCAUUGUCUCAAACCAUGAAUUAUGUGGGUCAGCUGGCUGGGCAGGUGCUUGUCACUGUGAAGGAACUCUACAAGGGCAUUAAUCAAGCCACCCUGUCUGGGUGCAUCGAUGUUGUGGUGGUGCGACAGCAGGAUGGCACCUAUCAGUGUUCACCUUUUCAUGUGCGGUUUGGGAAGCUGGGAGUCCUGAGAUCCAAGGAGAAAGUGAUUGAUAUAGAAAUCAAUGGCAAUGCAGUAGAUCUUCAUAUGAAAUUGGGUGACAAUGGAGAAGCUUUCUUCGUGGAGGAGACUGGAGAAGAAUAUGAAAAGCUUCCUGCUUAUCUUGCUACCUCACCAAUUCCUACUGAAGACAAGUUCUUUAAAGAUAUUGACACCCCUUUGGUGAGAGCAGGUGGAGAUGAAAGAGCAUCUCAGAGUGCAGCCAUUGCACACAUCUUGGAAACUGAGACCAUUUUCACUCCAAGCUCUGUGAAAAAGAAGAAACGAAGGCGAAAGAAAUGCAAGCAGGACAGCAAGAAGGAAGAACAGGCUGCUUCACCUGGUGUAGAAGAUGCUUGUGAUGUGGUCGUGAGCUCUGAUGAUGAGAAGGGAGCUCAAGCAGCCAGAGGAUCUGCAAAUGCUUCCUUAAAGGAAGAAGAAUAUAAAGAGCCUUCCCUCUUCCAUUCUGGGGAUCACUACCCCUUAUCUGAUGGAGAUUGGUCCCCAUUAGAGAGCACCUAUUCCCAGGCUGUAUGUCCUAAGAGUGAUUCCGAAUUGGAAGUGAAACCCGCUGAGAGUCUGCUCAGAUCUGAGUCACACAUGGAAUGGACGUGGGGCGGGUUUCCAGAGUCCACUAAGGUCACCAAAAGAGAAAGAUAUGACUAUCAUCCUUGGACAGCUACAAUUACACCUUCAGAAAAUACCCAUUUUCGGGUAAUUCCCAGUGAGGACAGUCUCAUGAGAGAAGUUGAGAAGGAUGCUAAUGUGGAAGAAACUGUGUGUACCAUAGUGAAACCCAAACCCAGAGCUUUGUGUAAACAGAUGAGUGAUACAAGUUCUGCUGUAGAACUUCUCCAGCCUCCUCUUGAGACACCUCAGAUUUCAUCUAUGUUAGAUGCAGACCACCUUUCCAGGCCAUCCUUAGCAGAGGCUCCCUCAGAACCCAAGCCAGCAACUAAAGUAGACUCACCAUCAAAGAAGAAAGGUGUCCACAAGAGAAGCCAGCACCAGGGACCUGAUGAUAUUUACCUUGAGGACUUAAAGGCUCUGGAACCUGAAGUUGCAGCUCUCUAUUUCCCUAAAAGUGAAGCAGACCCAGGCUCUCGUCAGUGGCCUGAGUCUGACACACUCUCUGGCUCCCAGUCGCCUCAGUCUGUCGGCAGCGCUGCUGCAGACAGCGGCACCGAAUGCCUCUCAGACUCUGCCAUGGACUUGCCGGAUGUCACCCUUUCCCUUUGUGGGGGCCUCAGUGAAAACGGAGAAAUUUCUAAAGAAAAAUUUAUGGAGCAUAUCAUUACUUAUCAUGAAUUUGCAGAAAACCCGGGACUUAUAGACAAUCCUAACCUCGUGAUACGGAUAUAUAACCGUUACUAUAACUGGGCUUUGGCUGCUCCCAUGAUCCUUAGUUUGCAAGUAUUCCAGAAGAGUUUGCCUAAGGCUACUCUUGAGUCCUGGGUCAAAGACAAGAUGCCAAAGAAAUCUGGUCGCUGGUGGUUUUGGCGUAAGAGAGAAAGCAUGACCAAGCAGCUGCCAGCAGCCAAGGAGGGAAAAUCUGAGAUGCCGCCAACCAGUGAGCUGCAAUCAGAUCCUAAGGAGCCAGCCAGUGCCAGGCCGGCUGAGGAUGACACAUCCAGUGACGAGGGAUCACAGGAGCUGGAAGAAACAAUCAAAGUGGAUACUCUCCCCACAGAGACCCUGAGCCAUAGCAGCAUGACUUCAUAUAAGAAGUCUCUCCGACUAUCCUCAGACCAAAUUGCAAAACUGAAGCUCCAUGAUGGCCCCAAUGACGUUGUGUUUAGUAUUACAACCCAGUAUCAAGGUACCUGCCGCUGUGCAGGGACCAUUUACCUGUGGAACUGGAAUGACAAGAUCAUCAUUUCCGAUAUUGAUGGGACAAUUACCAAGUCUGAUGCUUUGGGACAGAUUCUCCCACAGCUGGGUAAAGACUGGACUCAUCAGGGCAUAGCUAAGCUCUACCACUCUAUCAAUGAGAAUGGCUACAAGUUUUUAUACUGUUCUGCGCGUGCCAUUGGCAUGGCUGACAUGACUCGUGGCUACCUGCAUUGGGUCAAUGACAAGGGCACAAUCUUACCCCGGGGCCCUCUGAUGCUGUCCCCCAGCAGCUUGUUCUCCGCCUUCCACAGGGAAGUAAUAGAAAAGAAACCAGAGAAGUUUAAAAUUGAAUGUCUCAAUGACAUUAAGAACCUGUUCGCUCCAUCCAAGCAACCCUUCUAUGCUGCCUUUGGAAACCGUCCCAAUGAUGUUUAUGCUUACACACAAGUUGGAGUUCCAGACUGUAGAAUAUUCACUGUGAACCCCAAGGGUGAACUAAUCCAAGAAAGGACCAAAGGAAACAAGUCAUCGUACCACCGACUGAGUGAGCUUGUGGAACACGUGUUCCCCCUUCUCAAUAAGGAACAGAAUUCUGCCUUUCUGUGCCCAGAGUUCAGCUCCUUCUGCUACUGGCGAGACCCAAUCCCUGAUGUGGACCUGGAUGACCUGGCCUGACAUGUGGCACCUCUGACAAAAGUGGGGCUACAGUCACGCACCUUCAGUAGAGGAGGUGACCAGCCCUCUCGCAGACGAGAACCCAGGGCUAGCAGCUGGGCACGUGCUUUCCAUAACAGGGCCUGGAGCUGGUACUGCAGUCCUCCUUCACCUUCCAGACACUGCUGCCUGGAGCCCAGAAGGAGAAGCGAGGGACUCCUGAGUUACAGAGCUGUGCAUUGCCACAUAUGGGCCCUUGAUGCUGCCCUCUGGCUGCCUAUGGGACAGGGCUUCAGCUGCAUAACUUGAAGAAGACAGAAUCUGAAAUAGAAUGGACCAACACAGUACACAAAGUAAAGUGUUAUCAUUUCCACUAGGCAAUUGAGAUUGUUUCUAUGACCAGGGCUUGCUUCAAAAGGUAAGGGCCCACUCAACUGCCAAAGUCCAGUUAAUGAUGGCCAUUUGUGCACAUCUCCUUUGGGCUCCAUUCCUUGCACACUGAGGAAGAAGUGGCUCCUUGGUGUGAAAAGUUGGACAGACCCCAGGACACAUGGAGUAGAGCCACUGAGCCCAGUGGUCCCAGUGUGGGCUUCCAGAAAGGAAAUCCCCUUGAGUCACCAUUUUCUCAUCUGUGACUACUUCACAAUGAGAAACCUUUAAAUUAAUUCUUAGAUCUAGCCAGAAGAACAGGUCUAUAUUGGAUUCAAGUCUGAAAUAAUGGUGGGAGAUUGGGGUUUAAAGCAAACGAAAAGCAACAGAUGUGUCUGUUGAUACGCAGUUGUAUUGGGUUCUGGGAAUAGCCCUUUUCUCUGACCCUCUGUCUAUUGUCUGGCUUAGGUGGGCCUAUCAGUACUAUCUUUGGGAACAGAUGUCUCCUAUUUCUGUGCUUCAGAUUUGUUGAGGAAGCUCAGUUGUCAUUGUUGAGGAAGCUCAGUAAGUCAUUGACCGGCAGUAUGGGCUUUGGCAUUUGGAAUCAUGACCCUGUAAAUAAGCCCGUAGAAACUAUGCUAGAGAGGGGUCAUUGAGCAGCCAGCAUAACAUCAGUUAUCUCCAGCCCACUAGUCUGACUCUUACCAGCCUGGGACACGUGUAUGCUCAGCAGUCAGAAGCUGCUUUAUGAAACAGAAUGGGACAUGGGAACAUCCAUGCUUUUUCACUAAGAGAAAAACAGCUUUGUUUACUGUCUUGCUGUAAUGAGCUCAUGUCAAAUCUUAAGUAGAUAGCACAAGGGGAGGGUCUUGUGCUGUAAGCCCCUCUAGAGUUUUUGAUCAACUGAACGUUUUCAGCUGUAUCACUAACAUCAAGAGAACUGUUAAAGAGGAGACUUCCGGGGACCUGAGAAGGUCACAGAUCAGUCCCCUUUUUAAAGGAUCCUGAACUGAAAGGAUGCUGCAGAUAAGGACCCAACACAGAAUGGUUUUGUUUUCAGUUCUACAGUGUGGAUGAGCUUUUCUUACUUAGUUUGCUUUACCUAAGACACUGCUGAUAAAGAGUUGAAGAAACAGGGUUGCUUGGUUUUUCCAGAUUGGAGAGUUCAGCCACUUUCGUAGUACAGUUGGAUGCAGACAAUGUUGAAACCUUGAAAACAGUUCUAGGGGCAAGCCCUGAAGGUGCAUGCUCCCAAAAGGACAGCACAAACUUUCUCUGGUGUGAACCUUCCCCUUAAAUAGUUCACAAUGAUUACUUGUUUAAUUAUUUAUUUUUGUGAAGUAGGGAAUUGAAGUUGUUUGUAUGAAGUUCUGGCCAGUUAAGAUUCUAGUAGAGCAGUCACACGGCUGCCUUACCCCUAGAGCCAUCAGUACAUCCUUUCACCGCCUUUGAUUUAAGGGAAUGAAGGAGCUUUGUGAGCUUCACCUGAGCUUAGUAGGACCUCUUACAUCUGUUCAGUACAGAAAAUCUUAGCAUACAUCCACUAGUCCUUUUUAGGUUAUCCUUUAAGUCGUUUCUGACUAGUUUGUUUCCCAUCCUUGUCCUAGUUUGUUUCCCAUCCUUGUCCAGCUCUUUGGACACAUGGGCCUUCUCAGAGGAUCCAGCUUAGGAACUGGCUCUCCCAGCCCAAGUCGAGGGCGGGUGGUCCUUCUGUCCCAGUGUCCAUUAGCCCUAGACUUUGUCACUGCAGGUUGAUCCAGUGGGUACAUAGGCUAAUGAUUGUAAAUCUUUUUCCUUGUUUAAAGGAGUCCUUGCUGAAAGUAGAUGAUUACUAUCACUGUAGUGUUCUAGAAGUAUUAAUUUUGUGCUGAAAAUCCAUUGCCAUUUGGUACAAAUGACAUUUGUUCUUUCUGUGAAAGAGAGAUGCCCUCGAGUGUGUUUGCACACAAACCCUUAGGAUAGAGAGUGGAGCAUUGCCCUCACACCGUCUUCAGUGAUGGGUGGUGUCGCAGGGACAGUGCAGGCAGGUGGGCUCAGUACGUCAUUCUGUCAGUUGCCUUUCCCUCAUAGUUCAGUCUAACAUCAGUGUUCGCUUUGCUGUCGUGUGUUGAAGCAUGUUCUGUGGAAGUUGACAUCGCUCUCAGGCUGUGUGGGGAGCGCAUGUGGAUUUGGAGCAUGCUAACAGCCCCAGCAUCAGUACCUCGCUUCACUGUCCAACACAUCUGCAGUUUUCAGCUGGAAAAGGAAAUAAAAACCUACUAAUGUGAUGUCCUAAAACAAAAGCUGCUAAAAACUUACAGAGAGGACAACCCAGGAAGAGCUAAGUGAGUGGCAAGAGCUUUGGCCCCGAGCAGCCCCCUUUCCUGUGGGCUGGACAGCCUUCUGUGGGUGCCCUGUCUGGUGUUGCCAGGCCUUCAGGAAAAGAAACGGUUAGGAAGAACAUAAGCACUUUCUACCUUUGCAAGUGGAGAGGAACAGUUUCUUCCAGGGAGUUUAGCUUUUCUAGUAUCCUCAUCUUUACUCUGGGGAGCCUUGUUUCUCCAUGUUUUAGAGCAUGCUAGAUUCACUUUAAAACUGGUUAAGCCUACCAUUUUUUCCAGGUGGAAACUAUCUUUUUGGUUUGGUUUGAAGGUUAAAAAAAAAAAAGGGAAGGGGAAACAUUGUUCCUUUAAUAAUUAUAUUCAGGUGAUGAAGUAUUUGAUUAUUAGACAGCAAUGUCACUAAUAGGUUUUAAGUUGUCAGAAAUUGUGAACAGUACAGUAUCUUAGUCAUGGUAAAGAUGUCUUCAAAUAAAUGGCUCAUUUUUUGGUGCAGUGUUUGAUGUUCAAAACAAAAUGUUACAAUAAUAAACAUAAACUGUGUA